GGGGGUCUCUCUUUGGGCGAGCCCUCAAGGUCGGACUACAGGCGGGGAGCCCUCCACGUACCCCUUGGGCCCUUCCCGGGGCCGUGGGGCAGAGAAAGAGAGAGAGAUUGGGAGUGGAGCCUAGCCCCGGCCCCUUCCUCCCUUCCUCCUUCCCUCCCACGUGUUUGGGGUUCCCUCUUCCUUGGUGAAGGGGACGAGACGCGGUGGGUGUCCUCGGCUGACCCCGUCCACGAGGGAAAGGGGAAGGAGAGAGGGAGGGGCUUCAGGAGAGAAGGAGAAGGAGAAGAAGGAAGCGGCUGCCGGAGGAGGAGGAGGAGGAAGCGCCAUGCGGAGCAGGAGCAACUCCGGGGUCCGCCUGGACGGCUACGCGCGGCUGGUGCAGCAGACCAUCCUCGGGCACCAGAACCCAGUGACCGGCCUGCUUCCGGCCAGCGCUGACCAGCGGGAUGCCUGGGUGCGGGACAAUGUCUACAGCGUCCUGGCUGUCUGGGGCCUGGGCCUGGCCUACCGUAAGAAUGCCGACCGCGAUGAGGACAAGGCCAAGGCCUAUGAGCUGGAGCAGAGUGUGGUGAAGCUGAUGCGGGGCCUCCUCCAGUGCAUGAUGCGCCAGGUGGACAAAGUGGAGGCCUUCAAGUACAGCCAGAGCACAGCGGAUGCCUUGCAUGCCAAGUACAACACUGGCACCUGCGCCACCGUAGUGGGGGAUGCCCAGUGGGGCCACCUGCAGCUGGACGCCACCUCCCUCUUCUUGCUGAUGCUGGCACAAAUGAUAGCCUCCGGACUUCACAUUAUCCACAGCUUGGACGAAGUGACUUUCAUCCAGAACCUUGUCUUCUACAUCGAAGCAGCCUACAAGACCGCUGACUUUGGGAUAUGGGAGCGUGGUGACAAGACAAAUCAAGGAAUCACGGAGCUGAACGCCAGCUCCGUGGGCAUGGCAAAGGCAGCCCUUGAGGCCUUGGAUGACCUCAACCUCUUUGGGGUCAAGGGAGGGCCCCAGUCGGUGAUCCAUGUGCUGACUGAUGAAGUCCAGCAUUGCCAGUCCAUUUUGCACUCCAUGCUGCCAAGGGCUUCCACCUCCAAGGAGAUCGAUGCCAGCCUUCUCUCAGUCAUCUCUUUCCCGGCGUUUGCAGUGGAAGAUCGUGAGAUUGUGGAGAAGACGAAGGAGGAGAUCAUCACCAAGCUUCAGGGCCGUUACGGUUGCUGCCGGUUCCUCCGGGAUGGAUACAGGACUCCCAAAGAGGAUCCCAACCGCCUCUACUAUGAGCCAGCUGAACUGGCUCUCUUUGAGAACAUUGAAUGUGAGUGGCCUCUUUUCUGGACCUAUUUCAUCAUCGAUGGCAUCUUCAAUGGCAACCUGGAACAGGUUCAGGAAUACCGAGAAGCCCUGGAGGGGGUCCUGGUCAAAGGGAAGAAUGGGCUUCGGCUGGUUCCAGAACUCUACAGCGUCCCUUUGGAGAAGGUGGAGGAAGAAUACUGCAACCCACACACUGCUGACCGAGCUCCGCAGGGCAAGCUGCCUCUGAUGUGGGGCCAGUCCCUCUACAUCCUGGGCUGCCUCAUGGCAGAGGGGUUUCUGGCUCCAGGGGAAAUUGACCCUCUCAACCGUCGGUUGGCAACAGUCCCCAAGCCUGAUGUGGUGGUUCAGGUUUGCAUCCUGGCUGAGACAGAUGCUAUCAAGGCCAUCUUGCGGAAGGAAGGCAUCGAGGUGCAGACAGUGAUGGAUGUCCAUCCCAUCCGUGUACAGCCAGCAAGGAUCCUCAGCCACAUCUAUGCCCGGCUGGGCCGCAACAAGCGGAUGAACUUGAGUGGGCGUCCCUUUCGUCAGAUGGGUGUCCUGGGGACCUCCCGGUUCUACGACAUUAGGGACAAUAUCUUCAUCUUCACCCCACAGUUCAUGGACCUGCAGCAGUUCUACCUGGCUCUUGACAACAAGAUGAUUGUGGAGAUGCUCCGGACGGACCUAUCCUACUUGUGCAGCCGCUGGAGGAUGACGGGGCGCCCCAUCGUCACCUUCCCCAUCUCUCAGACGAUGCUUGAUGAAUCAGGUACCAGCAUCCACCCAGCUGUCCUGGCCACGCUGAGGAAGCUACAGGAUGGAUACUUUGGAGGGGCAAGGAUCCAGGCGGGUAGGUUGUCCGAGUUCCUCACGACUUCGUGUCGCACCCACCUCAGCUUCAUGGAUGCCGGCCCGGCGGGUAAGCUCUUUGCUGAUGACUAUGGGCUCAGCCGUGACAGCUUCCAAGAUUUAGGCCCCGAGGACUGGCUGCAUGGCUUUCGGUUGGCGGAAGAUGAUGACAUUUGUGAUGAAGUCGCCCAGUACCUGGACCACCUCCUGCAGCAGACAGCCCCCAAGACCCCCAAGGCUCCAGCAGCCACUCAGAAAGUGGGCCUGCACCGCUUCCGGGCCGCUGUCCACACCACCCGUGACAUCAUGUCUCUGGUCUCCAAGGCCAAGGAACUGCAUGUAGAGAAUGUCGGCAUGUACAUCCCCUCCAAGAUCUUCCAGGAGUCCCACGCAUCCCUUAAUUUGCUUGGUUCAACCCAGCAGCAGGAAACAAAGCCAUUCUCUCCAAUGGAGCUUGACCUCCCGAAGGACGCAGAGGGGAACGUGGACGGCCAGGCAAUCGUGGAGCAGCUGCGUGCCUGCCAAACUCUACAGGAUCAGGCCAACUGCCUCUAUGUGCUCUACACUCUCAAGGGUCCAGACUGGGACACCCAGGUCUAUGGUGAACCGGGUUCCACCGUCAACGAUCUUCUCUUGGAGUUGUAUGGCAAAGUCAGUGCGACCCGGCAGUGGGCUCUGAUCCGCUACAUCUCUGGGAUCUUGAAGAAGAAAGUGGAGGCUCUCGAUGAGGCCUGCACCAGUCUGCUCUCUCACCAGAAACACUUGACCGUGGGGCUGCCCCCAGAGCCAAGGGAGAAGACCAUCUCUGCGCCAUUGCCGUAUGACAGGCUCACUUCCCUGAUUGACGAAGCCAGUGAGAAGAACAUCACAGUCUCCGUCUUGACGCAGGAGAUUAUGGUCUACCUGGCCAUGUACAUCCGGACGCAGCCAGCCCUCUUUGCUGAGAUGUUCCGUCUGCGCAUUGGGCUCAUCAUCCAGGUGAUGGCCACAGAGCUGGCCCAGUCGCUCAGCUGCUCAGCGGAGGAAGCUACUGAGAGUUUGAUGAAUCUCAGCCCUUCCCACCUGAAGAGACUCCUGCAUCACAUCCUCAGCGGCAAAGAAUUUGGAGUGGAAAGGAGCGUGCGAGCCACAGAUUCAACAAUGGCCCCCGCGGUUUCCAUCCGUGAAGUUGGUCCCGUUGGAGCCACAAAAACCGAGAGGGCCGGCAUUGACCGACUCAAGAGCGAGAUCCAACUGCAACUGGACAGACGCAGGCAGUCUGUGCCUGAUGUUCAGUCAACUAGCUUGCAUUUCUUGGAAGCCGGCACAGAACCUUCCCAGUUCCCUCCAAGGGAAAGGACUCUCUCAGGAAUGCUGGAGGAAGGCUACGCCAAGGACACACGCCAGGGACAGUGGCAACGGCGACGGAGGCUGGAUGGGUCUCUCAACCGGGUUCCUGUGGGGUUUUAUCAGAAGGUCUGGAGGAUCCUACAGAAGUGCCACGGACUCUCCAUUGAAGGUUUCAUUCUUCCUUCUUCCACAAUCAAAGAGAUGACUCCGGGAGAGAUCAAGUUUGCCGUCCAUGUGGAGUCCUUCCUCAACCGGGUCCCUCAGCCAGAGUACAGGCAGCUCUUGGUGGAAGCCAUUCUGGUCCUGACCCUCCUGGCCGAAGUGGACGUCCACAGCAUUGGCGGCCUCAUCGCUGUGGACAAGGUCGUCCACAUCGCCAGUGACUUGUUCUAUGAGGAACAGAAAAUCCUGGGUGCGGAGGACAACAUGCUGGAGAGGAAUCCAGCCACAGGCAUCUGCACUUUGCUCUAUGACAGCGCUCCAAGCGGUCGCUAUGGCACCAUGACCUACCUCUCCAGAGCCGUGGUCACCUAUGUCCAGGACUUUCUCCCCAGCAGUGGCUGCACCAUGCAGUGAGUCGUCCUGGUGGGGCUUCUCAGCACAAGUCACCAGGACUGUGGCAAGAGCGAGGGCCAGCCUUCUGCAGUGAACUCCAGUUCGACAGGUCCCAUCCUCUCACCUGGGACAGGACUCUCUCUCAGACCUGGGUGCAAGUUCUUUUGCUGCUCCAGCCUCUGGGGCAAGUGGAAACUUUGCUUGGAUGCCAGUUCUGCACAUGCCAUUGCGCUCCACUUCUCAGCCAGGGAGGCUUUUGGCUUGGAUCCAACCAGACUCUUGAGCACUGCUUUGGAUGGCUGAGAGGGGAAUUUAGAAGGCAAAGGGCUGUGCGGUUCUGCCUCCUGCUCCCACAGAUCUGCUUUUGUAGGGGUGACAGACCCACAAAUAAGAUGUUAACAACAAGCACACAGAGGCAAUAGUAGUGCUGUAUUUGUUAGCCUUUUUUUUGUGUGUAAGCCUGCGUUCAGCUGCUGCGUUCAGCUGCUGCGUUCAGCUGCUGCCUGAGAAGGUUUAGCUCCUUCUCAAAGGAAGCUGCAGACUUUGGGGUUUUCUCUCUGUGAGACUUUGCCUGUUGGCAGUGUGACUUGAAUGAAAGAGCAGAGCUGCUUCUGUUGCUGCUGAUUGAUCUUGAAACCUUUCCCCAGGUCUCUUCUCAAGUGCCUUUCAGUGAAUGUAAACUUGCAUUUGCAGUAUAAACACCAGUCCUAGUAUAGGUGACAUCUCACCGCUUGCUCUGAAAGAGAAAUGCCCAAGCCUCAGAAAGGAAGAAGGCUGCUUGUAUGUCUGGACUAGAUGAGGAGGCUACAAACCUCUUCAUACAAGAAGCUUCAGGAACAAAGUCUUUUCUCCACGGCAAAACAAAAGCCACGUCUGAUGCACUCCAUAGAAAGCAAGAGCUCCUCAAGUGGGAUGGGAUUUCCUUUUUUUCUUUAUUGGAGGACUUUAAUAUGCUUUCCUUCCUGAGUUUCCUGAGACCGAAAGCAAGAUCCGAAUUAGUUGGCUUUCAGGAUGUGGGAGCAUUCCUCAGCCAUUCGUUUCAAGGACUGUGGAUGCUUCAUCUUGUGUGCCAGCUUGACAAAAGGCAGCCCAAAGCUUUGGAAGAACUGGAAAGCGCUUGGCAAACAGGGGAAAUAUAUGUGCCAGUAGGAUUAUAUGUGUGAAAAGGGUGGGAGGAGGGGAUUGAUGUGCGUGUGUGAGUGUGAGAAGUCUUUCAUGCCAAAUCUGAUCCUUUUCUGGGAGGAAAGAGUUCACUGAACACAAGGCACCUUUGAAACCCCAGGAGAGUUGCCAGUUGAAGCUUUAGAAUGCAUUUUUGGCCUCACGCCUUUGAGACUCCUGGGAGAAAGGGGUUCCUAAAAGCCAGGAAUGGGAAUACCUAAAAAGGAGCUGCUCCCUUUCAUUUUUCAUGCUUCGAGGCAACUGAGCUGCACUCUGAUAAAUGUGUUUGUUUCCCUAAAGUGCCAAUAUAUUUAUAUCAGAGAGCUAGGGGGCGGGGGGGGUGGCCAUCCAAUCUCAACCUGGAGGGCUCCCUUGGAGCAAUGCCUUGUGUCCCAGUGAUUCUGGGGCUGUUUCUUUUCCUUCUCAAUGCACUUUCAGGAUUGUUUACCAUCUUAACCCAUUGCACUGUUUUUGGUUCAAGAGCUAGACAGCUUUUGGAAAUCCUAAUAUUUUGAACGUCUGUUUUGCUUGCCAUUUCAUUCUACCCCUGAGCGUGUGCCAUUGAGCUGCAAACCACUCUUGGGUUUUGGUUUUGACCUCUAAUACAACUAGCUGUGCCAUUUGGAAUCAGUUUGGAAGACUUUAAAAGCCUAUAAUAAAAACAUCUCCAUUUCAUCGCA